ACGCAAAACGCAGUGGGACUGUUGGAAUAUUUAGACCUCUCUCUCUCUCUCCCUCUCUCCUACACACACACACACACACACACACACACACACACACACACACACAUGGUGGGGGAAAUCUGGGUUUGAUUUUAAUGGGGAGUAGCCUACCCCGGGCUCGCUUUACAACCUAUGGAUGUACUGGACGGUUUUCAGUUGGUUUGAGCUCCGGGCGCGGAUGCAGCGGUCCACCUCCUCUCGGUGUCCCCCUCACUUUUUCACUAUGUUGCGCGUUUUCCUCGUCUCCUUGUAAUAUUUUAACGAGGCGAGUGUGAGAAACACUUUUGCGUUUGGAGAGGACACUUUCUGACGGAAGAGAACCUGAAGGCUAAUAACUGGUGUGGAUCUCUGGAGGGACGUCCUUUUAAAUUCAAAGACAGCGAGAUUCACGACUUGACACCGGGGAAGGGCUCUGGUCAGCCUGAAGUGAAGGGUCACUGAGCUCAGACACUCUCCUUCCCUCACACACAUAGGGGAAAGUCACACACACACACACACACACACACACACGGACACAUCUGCACGACGACACGUUUACAUUUACACACAGACUCUUGGGUACACGCACAAAGACUCAUCCGUGCAUAAACACAGACACACGCUCACACACAGGCCCCUCUGAGCAGGAUGAGGGAACCCUGGAGGUGCCUGCUGGGCCUGUGCCUCCUGGCAUGCUCAGCCUCCACCCACAGUGCCACCAAUCCCUUCGCAGGGCAGCAGACCCCCCCAGACCCUUGCUACGAUGACACAGGCGCAGCCCGGCGCUGUAUCCCCGAGUUUAUCAAUGCCGCCUUCGGCAAGGAGGUGAUGGUGUCCAGCGUCUGUGGCCGGCCUCCGUCCCGUUCCUGCAGCGUGGUGGAGCGGGGCGACGAUCGGCCUUCUGUGCGCACGUGCCAAAUCUGCGACGCAGCCGACCCCCGCCGUGCCCACCCUGCUACCUACCUCACUGACCUCAACUCAGCCCACAACCUCACCUGCUGGCAGUCAGAGAAUCUGAACACCUCGCCGCACAAUGUGACUCUCACCCUUUCACUGGGGAAAAAGUUUGAGAUCACCUAUGUCAGCCUGCAGUUCUGUUCACCACGACCCGAGUCCCUGGCCAUAUAUAAGAGCAUGGACUACGGCAAGACCUGGAUGCCCUACCAGUUCUACUCCUCACAGUGCCGGCGUAUGUACAACCGGCCCAACAGAGCAACCAUUACCAAGCAGAACGAACAGGAGGCUCUAUGCACAGAUGGCCACACUGACCUCUACCCGCUGUCUGGAGGACUCAUUGCUUUCAGCACUCUGGACGGACGGCCCUCCGGCAAAGACUUUGACAACAGCCCCGUCCUCCAGGACUGGGUAACCGUCACCGACAUCCGCGUGGUCUUCAGCCGGCCCCAGCUGCCCCGGGAGCUGCAGCUGGGGGCCGGAAGCAACAGCGGAGGGAGGGACGACGACCCCAUGGCGGUGACAUCCACACUGCCAACUUAUUUCUAUGCAGUGGGAGACUUCCAGGUGGGCGGGAGGUGUAAAUGCAACGGACACGGCUCGCGCUGCCUGAAAGACAAGGAAGGCAAACUAGUGUGUGACUGCAAGCACAACACAGAGGGACCCGAAUGUGACCGCUGCAAGCCCUUUCACUAUGACCGACCGUGGCAGAGGGCCAAUGCCCGCGAGGCCAAUGAGUGUCUGCCAUGCAACUGUAACCUCCAUGCCCGUCGCUGCCGAUUCAACAUGGAGUUGUAUAAGCUGUCGGGGAGGAAGAGCGGAGGCGUCUGCAUGAACUGCCGUCACAACACCGCAGGCCGCCACUGCCACUACUGCAAGGAGGGCUUUUAUAGAGACAUGGCGAGGCCGAUCACUCACCGACGAGCCUGCAAAGCCUGUGACUGCCACCCUGUGGGCGCAGCAGGCAAGACGUGCAACCAGACCACAGGCCAGUGCCCCUGCAAGGACGGCGUCACCGGCAUCACCUGCAACCGCUGCGCAAAGGGCUACCAGCAGAGCCGCUCACCCGUGGCCCCGUGCAUCAAAAUCCCAGUGGUCAACCCCACAGCUGUGGUGAGCAGCACGGAGGAACCAGCAGAUUGCGAGUCCUAUUGUAAACCAGUGAAGGGCAACCUGAAGAUCAACAUGAAGAAAUACUGCAAAAAGGAUUAUGCGGUGCAAGUGAACGUCCUGGACAUGGAGACGGUGGGCGACUGGGCAAAGUUCUCCGUUAAUUUGGUGUCCGUGUACAAGAGCCGCGGCGAGCCCCUGAAGCGAGGCGACAACAUCCUGUGGGUGCACAUGAAGGACCUGGCGUGCAAAUGUCCCAAGAUCCAGAUGAGCAAACGAUUCUUGGUGAUGGGCGGCAGCGACGGCGGGACGAGCCCAGCGACGGGUCCAGGGGUCGGGCCCGGGGGAGGAGCCACCAGUCCCGGAGCAGAGCGCGUGGGCCUGGUGGCUGAUAAGAACAGCCUGGUGAUCCAGUGGAGGGACGUUUGGACGAGACGCCUGAGGAAGUUCCAGCGCAAAGAGAAGAAGGGGAAGUGCAGCAAAGCGUGAUGGGAUAGCGGCGUUACCUCUCCCUCCAUCGCCCCACCUUCAUGAACCCUUACCCAAGCAUCUCCCUGUCCUCCCCCAUCACAGGAACACUGCACAUUAGAAAGACUGCAUGUACCCUACCUGUUUUAAGGACCACGUUUUGUGUAUAUUGUAUAAUUAUUUUCCUCUUUUUUUAAGUUUUGUCUUUAUGUCUUUUUUGUCCAAUUGGUUUGCCUUAAAAAGGGACCAUUAAAAAGGGUAUGAAGUGUAGACAAAAGCAGACGCCAUUCCCUCCCUCAACGACGACAGCGGAAAUGUCCACUCGUCCCCUGACUCAGACCCACUGACCCUCCGCUUUCUCUUCCUGUCAAGACUGACUGUCUCCUGACACUUUUUUUGACAUAUACAACACUUCACACACUUCUCUGAGGAUUUUAUUCAACAGUGUUUGUCACUGACUGAUUUCAGCAACAAGACAAGCUGCACAUCCUCAGCUUGGCCUCCUCACGUUUCAUUGUUGAAACAACCUCAGAUCAGCUCGAGCUGGACUGCCCGACAUGACAACCUUUCAACAUUUGCUGUUAAAAUGUUCAUUAAAAAAACGGGCCUACUUGCUUUAGGUCUCUGCAGUAACUACUACAGACUGUAACUAUGAAACUUGUGUCCUGUGAGGAACCAAGGGCUCCCUUUGCAGGGACGUUUUCCACAGCAAACCUCAGUCUCACCACCACUGCUGCUGCCACCAGACAGCCCUCACAGAAUAAACUGCUCUUGUAUCUUGCAAGUAUUUGAUGCCACUGCUCACAGUAGAGGUUAUAUUCUUCGUGUGGCUAUGUUUUAUCUCAUCCAUCCAUAUCCCAGCCGUAUCCUUUUUUUUGAGAUGUAUCCUUUUGUUUCAUUUUAAACAGAGCAAACCCGUUAGCAUGUGUGAGUCACAUUCCAGGCCUCCAGGGCUGUGCCUCUUCACCACCAGCCCCUCUCAUGAGUGGUUUACAAAGUCAUGCAUCACCAUCAUGACUCAUUGCUUGUCACUUUUUCUGGAAGACAGAUUAAGCGGUGUGGACAAAUGGCUGGAAUUUCAGAACAAUACCAAUAUUUCCAAGGAGACUUCUUUUUUUUCGCUUUAUGGAUAAUGUCUUCCGCUGGGUAGUGGCCUUCCAGAUGUUGCUGUGUGGCCAAUGUCAUUUCUUUGUAUUUAAAUGUCUGAACAUUUUCCUGAUGUGUCCAGUGACUGGCAGGCUUUUGUUUGCCGAAAUAAGAGAUUGAAACGAGAGUUCCUUUUCAUGCAGUAAAAAGAAAACAAAGUGGGAUAAACAACACAGUCGUGUUUCUCUCGAGUGUAUUUUGACAAAAUGAAUGAGGCUGGAAAGUUUUUAGUGCUCACUGAUUGUAUUAUGACAUGAGAGGAUCAUAUUUCAUUCCUCAUGUGCUUUGUUAUGUUUGCAUGUUUGUGGUUUUUGCUGGUCCAUCAAAACCGUACAGUGAGCAGAGCACGGACUAAACUAAAAAUGAGCAUCAAGAUCCAAAGGAAAACUUCCCAAGUCAUCUUCCCCCCACUUGCCUACCCUCACACAGUCCCUGUCAUCCUUUGCCAAAUAAGCAUAGUCAGUUUUUAAAUUCAAUUAAGAGACUAUGGAAGUCAGGACCAACGAAAACCACAGAGAGACCCGUCUGGUUGCUCUCAAGCUUUUUAUCUGCCUUUUGCUGUUAUUUCAUUUUGUAAAGCACAUUACAAUUUAUUUAAAUAGAGUACAAGAUAAACACACAGUUUUGAGGGGCACAUCAAGCCAGCGUAGCAGCGAGUGUGCCGACAGGCAUGUCAUGCUAGCGAGUGGUUACGCUCCUCUGGCUGCGGCCGUAUGUUUGGUUUGUCAUUCUUCCAAAAGUGUCUCUCCUCUGCUCUCUUCUCUCUGUCAGCCACCACCCUCCCCAAGCUCUCCUUUUUUUAACCCGUUUUUGCAUGUUGUGUAUUCAAUGUCUUAGAUAAGUGACAGCACAGAACAAGGCUGCCAAAACUCCUCAGUGGUGUACUGUACUGCACUGUAGCUCUUGUUUUCACGUCUUCCGAGAAUGUAUGUCAAACUGUGAAGAACACACACACGCAGGUGUAUGGUCUGAUUGUAAGUGUUUAUGAAAUAAUGUCACCAAGCUUAAGAAUGUGGACGCCAUGACAGCUGAUGCUAUUAUAAACUCUGAAUGGGAUGUUGUUCAAUAUGAUUGUGGAUCUUCAUGCUUAACUGUCUGUCUCAUAAUGACUUUUUAAUUAUCCAAAAACAACCAUAGACUGUCUAUAAAGAUGGAAAACACAUCUUGACUUCGCCUACAAUACAAAAAAAGAAGCCAUCUUGCUCUGGUGCGGGCUGCUCUCAGAUUGGUCACCAAACAAGGGAUUUUACCCCAAGAGACCCGUGUUUAGAGAGUGUACGUCAUUUCCAGGUACAUCAUUUCCUAAACGUAAGUGCUAAUAUUGUAGGCAACUAGACUUGCUUACGUUUCUUGAAGACGCUUCGCCUCUCAUCCAAGAAGCUUCUUCAGUUCUAAAUGACUGGUACGAAGUUGCAGGUUUUAAACCCUGUGUGGGUGGGAACCCUUGCAGAGUCGUAGGGUUUACGUGAGCUCUUAGUUUCAGAGUCGUUAGUUGCCUAUGAUAUUAGCACUUAUGAUUACCAUGGCCUGGAUGACUGAGAAUCUUCACCGACAUCAUUUCCUAAAGCUAACCUCCUUAUCUUUACUUGCCUCAACCUAACUUUCGUAACUUUACGUUAAGUACGUAACUUUACGAUAAGUACUUAAUGUCAUUCAUAGGGUGCUAAUUCUAUACAAACUAUUGUGUGUGCAUUUCUGUAGGAUAUCAAACAAACUGUUGUAUAAUGAUGAUGGCUGGUGACAUCAUUUGGAGCCAGGGUCUGCACAGCAGCAAUCUCUGGGAUAUCAACUUCCCACCCUUACACCCAUCCAACCAAUCGGGAGCAGCGCCACUGAUUGCGAGAACCCACAAAGUUGUCAGUCAUGACAGCAACCCCCCCUUUUUAUAGUAUCAAAUAACUAGUUAUAACCAAACCUAUUGGAAAAAUGAACACUUGAACAUAAUUUGACACAUACUUUGAUCUUUAAGUUUCGCCAAUGUCCCAUCUGCUAAUAUAAAGGGGGCGGGGUUUGUGACCAAUACCAGUACUACUGCAUUAAAGAUAUUUUGGCUUCACUUUCGGGGAGCUGUCAUGCCGUCCAUCUUUAUCUACAGUCUAUGAAAACAAAACCCCAAACCAAAAUGAGUCAUCACCCACUGUGAUUUCUGGUGUGUGACAAAAGAGCAAAGGACACAAAAAACAAAAUGGUGACAGCGCUAUACCCAGGGCGCAACCCACCGCUGGAAUUUCACAAAAAUGCAGAACCAAACAGUCGAUUAUUUGUGUGUUGGCUGUCUGCAGCGGCCCGUCAGACAGGUGGUGUUACAGUAGCACCAGUCUCCUCGCCCUGGUAUGUGAGUACAGCGUGACACAUUAUGAUUGAUGGUGAAAUAACGUGCCCGUGAGGCCUCUCUGGCGCUCAACUCCUUAAGCGCCCAACAUACUGGCGGAGGAGCGGCAGUGUCCUUGAAUCUGCACGCACAAAAUCCCACUUUUCUUUCUAUCAGCUCUUCUGUCGUUUUCCUUUUCUCGAGUGCCCACCCUGAAUGUUGGUGUAAAGAUAAGAAGUAAGAGUGAGCCAGAUGUUGUUUAGGGGGGGUGGAAGUCUUGUGAAAGCUAUUUAGUGAGCCUCGUAGGGAGAGCCGUCCUGUUGUUUUACGUUAACAAGCCGAGCAGCUUGGCAGUGGAACUGAGGCCAUAACUGCUUUGCUUUGUUUCGCCCCCCCUUUUUGCAGCAUUUAUAGCAUUUGCAGGUGUGUGUGUGUGUGUGUGUGUGUGUGUGUGUGUGUGUGUGUGUGUGUGUGUGUGUGUGUGUCUAAUUAACCUUACCCGAGUAAACAAGUGAUAUGCACAUGAAGUGAAGGUGCAGAAAGGUUUGCCAAUGUUUUAAUGUUUGCAAUGACGAGUCUGAACAGCCGAUGAUGAAGGAUUAUCAUUUACAUUUCCCCUGGCCUGAUUUCCUUCUGGUUCACUUCCAUCUCGCCUUGUUAAAUAAGUCUUGACACGUUUUUUUAAUGUUGUAAAUAUGUACUGAACUGCCUCUGCCAUUCAUGUUGUCUUUUUGUAAAAGCGUCACUUGGCCUGGGAUGACUCACGUGUAUGGAUGUACAAACCAGAUGAUGUUAUAUGGAUGUGGAAAACCAGAAACAUAUGCUUUUGUGAUCACGACCAGAAGAUGUGGUUCAGAUAUUACACAGAAUGUAUUCCUUUUUUUUUUUUUUUUUGGUUUUUACGUUGUUUCCAGACAACAACCGCCCAAUUGUAAAUGACUUUGAGGAGAGUACAAAUGUGACGCGGGCUGAUUGGACCCUCUGCUUUUCCUAUAGAGGCACAGACGGGAACUGACACAACAACCCACCACUUUCUGUUACUUUAACGUCCUGGGAGUAAUGGCUCACUCACACACAAAUUAUCCACCUACCUUUCAUGGGGGGAACAAAGGGAUUCUUCUCUCAGUUCAGUCCUGCUCUGUUAUAUCAAAGUCUUCCUUGUACAUUUUUCCUCUGAGGCAAUGAACCACUGACUUUUUAAUCUAAAUGAUAAAAAAAUAAAUUAUUAGUUAAUG